AUGUCUCGUAAUGUUAUUCUAAAAACUAAUCGAGGAUCAAAUAAUAAUUCAUGUUCAUUAACUGUGAAUGUUCCUAAACGUCUUGGUAUUUAUUAUAGAUGGCCAUUAUUAGUUCAAGGUGCUAAUGGAAAUUUAACUCAAGCCAUCCAUACAUUCAAUGAUGUUAUGUCCGAAAGUCUAAUGCUUUUAGAUUCUCGUAAUAUUUAUUUACUUGAAUCAUAUUUAAUAUCGAGUGGUAAUUAUCAAAAUUUAACAACAUGGAAAAUAAAAGCAGAUAAAUGUUUAUCAUAUUCGAAUUCAUUUAGAAUUUCAAUGGCAUUUCUUUCAACAAAUUCAACUCAAAUAUCAUCAUCAUUUGAUUCCACUCCACAAUUUAGUCAAGCAUAG